AUGGUGACGAACAAGUGUGCUUCAUGUAGUACAAAGCAGUGUGCAGAAGUGAAAGAGCCAAAAAAGAAGAACAUGUCAGCCUACCAGGUGUUCUGUAAAGAGUAUCGUGUAACCAUUGUGGCUGACCAUCCAGGUAUAGAUUUUGGGGAACUUAGUAAAAAACUGGCUGAGGUGUGGAAGCAAUUGCCAGAAAAGGACAAACUGAUUUGGAAGCAAAAAGCUCAGUAUCUACAGCACAAACAGAACAAAGCUGAAGCUACAACUGUGAAAAGAAAAGCAUCCAGCUCAGAAGGUUCUGUGAAAGUGAAAGCUUCUUCUCCAGGAGUACUCUCACCCCAAAAGAAGUCCCCAUCCACUACCAUGCUGUUACCAGCCUCGCCAGCCAAAGCCCCUGAGACAGAGCCCAUUGACGUUGCUGCUCAUCUUCAGCUGUUGGGAGAGUCCCUAAGCCUCAUUGGACACCGCCUGCAGGAAACUGAGGUGAGUACAACCAUCAGCAUUAUGACUUCAGUUUCUUAG